AUGGCUUCACCAAUUCCCCCUGCUACUGAUGCCUCAGUGCCCACUGCUGUGGAUGCCCCAGUGCUUGCUACUCAUAGGUAUAUUGCAGACAUCAAUGGUCUGAUAUCAACAAAAAGCAAGCAUUUUCAAAUUGUUGUGUGCGUCAUGUCAAUGUGGAAAAUAUUGGAUAACACUAAAAAGAAGGAAGUCAAAUCUCCGGAGUUGUGUUUGAUUGACGCUCAGGGUGAUAAGAUCCAGGCAACCAUACCUGUGAGAUUCAUAAAGGAUUUCAUUGAUCAGUUCGAAUAA